CCGAGUACAAUACAGUGAGGGAGACUGCCUCAAUCCAUUAAAUAGCUCCAUUUGAUCUUAAUCGGCUUCUAAUCGAUCUUCCUAAACUCACCACUGUCACUAACAAAGCAUCCUCAAAAAUUUCAAAUGUUCCUAAGACAUUUCUCAUCGGAAUCACCAUUCAGAUCAAUUCUUCCUUCAAAUGUCAUUCUCCGCCGUCUCUUCAGCUUCAAUCCAAACGACGACGUACACAAAAUUUACACUAUACUCACCACCACUUCUUCACCCGAAAACCUCAAACAAACCCUAAAAUCAACCGACAUUUUACUCUCAAACGAAUUAAUCGAUCAAGUUCUCAAAAGGGUUCGAUUUGGCCACGCAAACCCUUCUCAAACCCUAGAAUUUUUCCGUUACACUGGAAGAAGAAAAGGGUUUUACCACACUGCUUUUUCCCUUGACACUAUGCUCUAUAUUCUUGGUAGAAGUCGCAUGUUUGAUAAUGUUUGGGAUCUUUUAAUCGAAACGCGGCGAAAAGAUCAAUCUGUUAUAACUCCUCGAACUGUUAUGGUUGUAUUGGCUAGAGUUGCUAAAGUUUGCUCUGUUAGACAAACUGUUGAAUCGUUUCGAAAGUUUAAGAAGAUUGUGCCGGAUUUCGGUACCAAUUGUUUUAAUGCAUUGUUGAGAACUCUUUGUCAAGAGAAAAGUAUGACUGAUGCUAGAAAUGUUUAUCAUAGUUUGAAGCAUAGUUUUCGCCCGAAUUUGCAGACUUUUAAUAUUCUUCUAUCUGGGUGGAAAACCUCUGAAGAUGCUGAAUUGUUCCUUAAGGAGAUGAAGGAAAUGGGGGUUACACCCGAUGUUGUAACGUACAAUAGUUUGGUGGAUGUUUAUUGUAAAGGGAGGGAAAUUGAGAAGGCUUACAAGGUGUUCGAUGAAAUGCGUGAACAAGAUUUGUCGCCCGAUGUUAUUACUUAUACUUGUAUUAUUGGUGGAUUGGGGUUGAUUGGUCAGCCAGAUAAAGCUAGAGAUGUUUUGAAGGAAAUGAAGGAGUAUGGUGUUUACCCUGAUGUUCCGGCUUACAAUGCUGCCAUUAGGAACUUUUGCAUUGCAAAGAGGCUUGGUAAUGCUUAUGAAUUGGUGGAUGAGAUGGUGGGUAAAGGUUUGAGUCCAAAUGCAACUACUUACAAUUUGUUCUUCAGGGUUUUUUACUGGUCCAAUGAUUUACAGAGUUCUUGGAACUUAUACAAGAGGAUGAUGGUUGAGGGUUGCUUUCCGAAUACACAGUCUUGUAUGUUUUUGAUAAAGUUGUUUAGAAGGCAUGAAAAGGUGGAGAUGGCGCUGGAAUUAUGGGGUGACAUGGUGGACAAGGGUUUUGGGUCGUAUACGUUGGUUUCUGAUGUGCUGUUUGAUAUGCUUUGUGAUAUGGGGAAGUUGUCGGAAGCAGAGAAAUGUUUCUUGGAGAUGAUUGAGAAGGGGCAAAAGCCAAGCAAUGUUUCAUUUAAGAGAAUUAAGGUUCUUAUGGAACUAGCAAAUCGACAUCAGGCUAUUCAGAACUUGACGGAGAAAAUGGCCGUUUUUGGGCGACCAACCCAAAUUCCUGAAAGAGUUAUGACUCCAGUAGCGGAAAUGGGGGGAUUGGACAUCUAAACAAAUAUCUUAAAUGAGCUAAACCGCGUCAGCCAAAUUGGCAAAGGGAGAGUGAGGAGAGACACAAGAAAUAGUCUCCUUAACAGAAUGAUAAUUGAUUUUUGUACACUAGUUGUCAUACAUUUUGCACAACAGAACUGAAUUUUUGAAAUUCAUGCUUUAACUUAUGACAUGUUCAUCAUUCCUUGAAGAUCAAGAAAUAAAGAGGUGUUUCUACUUCAAUUCUGUUAUUUGCUAUUGACCAUAUGGCAUUUCUUUUCCAUUGAAAUCGUUUUAGAUGGUCUUCAAAAGGUUUGAUUUGAUUCCCAUCUAAAAUUUUGACGAGGGAAUCGCAGAUUCUUAAGAAAAAUUUGUAUGAAAUUGCGACAGGUAAAAUGAGCUUGUGAGUUGUGA